AUGUCGACCAUCGAGGAACAGGUCGCCGCCAUCCUCGGCGACUCCCCGCCGGCCAAGCUCGAAGAUCUUCUGCUGGACAACGUACAAGCGACCGAUGGCAAGAUAAGCGGGAUCCCGGAAGGUCUGGUCAACCUCGAAAACUUGUCGCUCGUGAAUUGCGGCCUGACGUCUCUGGAGGGGCUGCCAUAUCUCCCGAAGUUGAAGCGACUCGACCUCUCCCACAACGCGAGCCUGGCCAACACGUUCGACGUCGUCACCAAGCAGUGCCCGGAGCUCGGCGCCCUCGUCCUCUCGGAGUGCAAGAUCGCCGACCUCGCCGCCAUUGAAGAGCUGAAGGGUUGCAAGGUCGAGACGCUCGACCUCUACGGCAAUCCGGUGGCGAGCGUAGCCGACUACCGCAAUCAGAUCUUCAAGCUACUACCCGAGCUCAAGUACCUGGACGGCAUCAACCAGGAAGGCGAGAACCUAGAAGAAUCGGACCUCGAUGACGAGGACGAUGAAGAAUACGACUCUGAAGACGAGGACGGGCCCGGCCUCUCUUUCCUGCAGAACAGCCACCUGGUCGACGAGGAAGACGAGUCCGAGGACUACGACCCGUCGCGAGGCAAGAAGCGCGGCCACUCGGGCGCCGGCGAUGAGGAGGACAGCAAUGAAGCCCCCGCCACCAAGAAA